AUGGGUUCUCCGGUAAGCAGUGGGAAUCGCGAUCGAUUGUGGUCCCCCAUUGAAGAGCUACAGGGUGUUAAUCAAAAACUGAUAGCCGAACUUCACACAAUAAAUGCAAAACAAAAUCUUGGUUCUAAAAUUGCGAGUACCGAAGAACUGGGUUGCCUCACCGAAAUGCUAGAUGGCAUGAUGAAAGAACUGAGUCUUCUCAAGGACCAAAAUUCGCAGCUGUUGAAGGAGCGUGACAUGUAUAAGCAAGCCAUUCAGGAGAAAAAACGCUGA